AUGGCAGGCACAACAGAUUGCCAUCUUCUAAUACCAGUUGCUCCUAACAUGGGAGAGGUUGAUGCUAGACCCCUUGAAUCCGUCAAAACAGCCCUUAGCUUAUUUGGAGAGAGUAUUCCUGAGUUUGAAGAUGGAAAAAAGAUUAAAAUCUCAUGUGGAGAGAAUUGCACAACAAAAGAAAGAGAUGUGAUUCUAGAGCAAACUCAAUCCACCAUGUUUGUGGAACAACUCAAAAAUUCAGGUGAUAUUGAGCUUCAACGCCAACUAGAGUUGGAAAAAGCGAAGGUGAUGUUUGAAGCUUUUACUAGAAAAUUGGAAGAGGCAAGGAAAUCCAAGGAAAGGGCUAGUAAAGUCCCUGCACUUGUUAAGAAACUAGAAGCUGCAAAUCCCCAUGUCAUACAGGUCUACAAUGAGGCUUUAAAAGCAGAUCUUAGUGCUGCAGGAGAGCAGUUUAUGAUGGCCACUGCAGAGUUAGAAAAUAUCAGAGAGGAACUUCAGAAAACAAAGGCAUGUGUUUUAACCUAUGCGAAAUCUGAGGCAUUGGCUCUUGAACAACUAGACAAGGCAAGGAUGGAAGCAGAAAAGAGUAAUAACAAGCUAGAGGAACUUGUUAAGGAAAUUGCUUCAACUGAGCAAUCUCUUGCUCUUCUUCAAUUGACUUGCAUUAAAGCAGAGAAAGAAAAGGAUGCUCUUUUGGCUGCAAAGGAGGCUGAAUCACAGAAAGCUGCAGAAAUGGCAGAGCAAAGUAGAAAAGACCUAGAGGCAAAGCUCACAACUACAACUUCAACUAUGAAAAAGUUACAACAGGAAUUGCACUUGGCAAAAGAGUUAGAGACCAUACUUACCAAGGUUGCUGCUGAUGCUACUCAAAGUCAAAAUGAUUUGAAGUUGAAGAUUAAGCAGGCAGAGUCUGAUGCAGAAACCUCUUUAAUAUCUAUAUCUGCAGAGCUUGAGGAGGCAGAAGGGAAUCUGAAGAGGAUGACAGAAGAGUGCAAAACUUUGCACUAUUCAGCAGAAUUUCUGAAGGCAGAACUGGAUCAGGUAUGGAAGGAUAUGAAUGAUUCAAUGGAAAGAGAGGCAGAGCUAGAGGUUUCAAUAGCAAUGCUGAAUGCAGAACUUCAUCAAUCCAGAUCAAAGUCAGCAGCGGCAGCUGCAGCAGAAGCAAGGGCUAAAGUUGUUGCUUUGGACUUCUCUGUAGCUCUUAAACAACUAGCUAUAGAGGCAGAGAGGGCAAAGAGGGAGGCUAAGGCCCUGAAAGAGGAGGCAAGGCAAGCAAACAUAGAAGCAGAGAACACAAAGGCUGAGCUGACUGCUGUAGAGACAAGACUGCUGGAUGCCUUAAAGGAGUCUGAGGAAUUAAAGGAGGCGGCGCAGGUCAUAAAAGAGGAGGCAAGAAAAGAAAAAUUAGAAGUAGAUAUAAUAGUGGCUGACAUGAUUUAUGUAGAGUUCAGACUGCAAUUUACCAUAAAAAUGGUUGAGGAAAUGACAGAGGAGUGCCAGGCCAUACAAGAAGAGGCAAGAAGAGCAAAAUUGGAAGAAGAACAAGCAAAGGCUGAGAUGACUUCUUUAAAGCUAAAACUGCAAGAUGCCUUAAAAGAAGGAAAAGAAGCAAAGGACGAAGUGCAAGCCAUGAAAGAAGAAGCAUGCAAAGUGAGGUUAGAAGCAGAGCAGGCAAAGGCCAACAAGGCUUUUUUAGAAGUAGAACUGCAAGAUGCGCUAAGGGCAGCAGAGACACAGAAAGAGGCAGCACACACCAUGAAAGACGAAGCCAGGAAAGCAAAACUGCAAGUGGAGGAGACAAAGAGAGAGAUGUGUGCUGUAGAGGCAAGACUGCAAUAUGUCAUAAAGGAGGUCGAGACAGCAAGAAUUGCAGAGGAAGAAGCUCUUUCAGAGAUAAGGUCUCUACAGGUAGAAAAAGAUGAGGAGGGCAUGAAUGCACACAAAUUUUUCACUGGAAUUACAAUGUCACCAACGGAGUAUGAAAGCUUGACGAGGAAAGUGAAGGAAGCGGAUAGUAAAGCUGCAGAAAUCAAAAUGAGUGCCAAAGAAGGUGAUGAAGAACUGUCAAGCAAACUAGAAAUAGCCAACAGAGAAAUUGUGGAAUUGAAGUUGGCGUUGGAGCAAGCAUACCAAAGGGCAGAGAAGGCAGAGACGGACAAAAAAUUAGUUGAACAAGAGACAAGAAAGUGGCGCAGGAGGGCUUAUAAUGCAGGUUAUUUAGCCCAAAAAGAACAGUCAAUUCAGAAAAAUGACAUUAUUCCAAAGCCAUCUGUAACAGUGAUUAGGCCCCUGAAUGCUGAGCCCCUCAGUAAGUUUCUCAACAUAAAGAUGCAGUCGACUGAAGGGUUACAAAGCUCCCAUUCUAAUACAAAUACUAAUGCUAGCUCCCAUUCUAACACAAAUACUAAUGCUAAUGAUGUUUCUCAAAAGAAGAAGAAUAGGAUAAUUACUAAUCUUAUCAAGAAGAAAACCUAAAUCGGGUCUAUGGAAUACCUCUUCCAACCAAGCUAUACCCCGUUUCCACCAUCACAUUGCGCUUGUAAACUUCAUGAAAACAUCUUCUUAGCCCGUCUGCUGUGGCAAAAGUCAUAGAUUUAACUACAAAAUGGUACCUUAAAUCAAUGCAUGUUAUCUACUCGUUAGUUCUGUU